UGAGCAGACAAUGCAGGAGCCGUGCAUUGACACUUAGAGGGAGAGAGGGGUGAGCAGAGAAGAUAGCCAUGUGUGCUCAAGUCAGCAUGUGAAAGAGCAGGCAGGCUCGCAGGCAUUUAUCCACCGUGAAGAAGCAAGAAAUCCAAACGAUAUAGAGAGAAAAAUAUUGUGUCAAGUCAGCUCCCUUCCGGCUCUCCGUCCUCGCCUCACCUUUCAACCUUCAAACCUCUCUCUACUUACUGCUAUGACCCAAUCAAAUAAAAAAAAAAGAUUCUCAAGAAAGAGAAAGAACUUUCCUUUUCUGUCUGGCACUGUGCUCCUAGUGCUCUCUCUUUCUUGCACUAUUAUUUGAUUUGAAAUAUCUGCUCCCCUUGUCUUUCUCACCUCUAGAUUCUACCCCCAUCUGUGUUUGGUUUGAAAAUCAGAGAGAGGACAGCUAUUACGUUUGAAAAAAAAAAGUCACUGUAGUACAGGGAAAAGAGCAUAGAGAAAAAAGAUCGUCUGGUUUGGAAACCAAGGGAUACCCUUUGACGAAAAUUUUUUGGCUGAGGUUAGGUUCGCUGGGCCUUGUCUUACACCCGUACUCCGUCUUUCUUUAUUCUUCUUUGUCAACUCCCUUAGCGCAUAAGUAGCCAAAAGAUUUGUUUUUUAUUGAAGGGUUUUUGUAGUUAUGUUGUGAUCUGUAGGGAUUUAUUAAUCUUUGUGGUUCUUGUUUUUAGUUUAGCUUAUGCCCCGUCAAUUUUAGUUUAUGGGUUCUUGAUUUUCGGUCAAGGGUCUUAAUUUCAGGUGGGGACGAGGGAAGGUCACCAGCUCUGCCUGUAUAAUUGAUUGUAGUUUCCUUUACUUUUUUUUUUCCUUGUCUUCCCUCAUGGGCUCUGUUGUUCGCUUCACCCGCAAGCUGCUCUUAGAUGGUCCUUUUUGUGCUUUCUUAGGCGUCUGGGGGUAUGGGAUAUAAGUUUCUUCAUUUGUGCUCCUUAUCUCCUUCUUCAAGGGCUUGUUUGUGAGAGUGCGUUCAGAUUGAGCAGGGUUUCUUUCCCAUUGUCUCGAUCCCUCUUCUAGGGAUUUGAUUUCUCACUUGGGGAUUGGUGCUAUCCUUUGUUUAUUUAUAAGUUUUUGCUUCUUCUUGACUUGCAAUUUCAACCUCCUCCCUCGUCUGGGGUUUCUUUGUAGUUCUAAAAGGCACCGUGAUUCUAAUGACCCUAGCUUCUGCUUCGCCGGUGGCAGUUUAGCCUUGCUUUGAUUUGAGCUUGAGGAUAUUCUCUGGUUUCAUAAUGGUGGUGCUGAGAUAUUUCUUGAUGAGUUUCCUCCAAUGGGGGUUCUUGGCCUGCUUUCUUUGCUUAUCUCUGGGUGUGAAAACCCCAACCCCGUCUUGUGACUCUCGUGAUCUGUUGGCGCUGAGGCAAUUUGCUGGCAACCUCACAAAUGGGUCUAUUAUCACAUCAUGGUCCACUGAUAUCGAUUGCUGCAAAUGGGUUGGUGUUGUCUGCGAUAAUAUGACUGAUGAGACAACUUCUAGCAGAGUGAUACAGUUGAUUCUGCCUCAAAUGGGUCUCAAUGGGGCAAUUUCUAGUUCUCUAGCGCAAUUAGACCGCUUAAUUGUGCUGGAUCUUUCGUUCAAUCAUCUCCAAGGUGCGUUGCCCGCAGAAUUCUCCAACUUGAAGCUGUUGAAGUUUCUUGAUUUGAGCCAUAAUAUGCUGUCAGGAUCUGUUGCUGAAGUUCUUUCUGGUUUGCAAUCCAUUCAGACACUGAACAUAUCCAGCAAUUCAAUUGUCGGAAAUCUGUCUCAGGUUGGGGAAUUUCGUCAUCUCGUUGCAUUCAACAUAAGCAACAAUUCAUUCAACGGUCAGUUCAAUUCUCAAAUUUGCAGUUCCUCUAAGGGGCUUCGUGUGCUUGAUUUAUCUGCAAAUCGCUUUGCUGGUGGUCUUGAAGGCUUGGACAAAUGUAACACAUCUCUCCAGGAGUUGCGUUUGGAUAACAAUUUAUUUUCAGGCCCUCUUCCAGAUGCCUUGUACUCACUGUCAGCUUUGGAGCAACUCUCAGUGUCUGUGAACAAUUUCUCUGGUCAGUUAAGCACGCAGCUAAGUAAGCUCUCUAGCUUAAAGUCUAUCAUAAUUUCUGGGAACCAGUUUUCUGGGGUGCUCCCAAAUGUGUUUGGGAAUCUGACAGAUUUAGAACAGUUAGCAGCACACACCAAUUCAUUUUCUGGGUCAUUGCCAUCUAGCCUGGCUUUAUGCUCAAAGCUUCGGUUGCUUGAUCUUCGAAACAAUUCUCUGGCAGGUCAAAUUGAUCUUAAUUUCACAGGAUUAACUAAUCUGUGUAACCUUGAUCUUGCAUCUAAUCAUUUUACUGGCUCUCUUCCAAGCUCCUUGUCCUAUUGCCGCGAAUUGAAAGUUUUAAGCCUUGCUAAGAAUGGGUUGACUGGCUCAAUUCCUGAAAACUAUGCAAACCUUUCAUCACUUUUUUUCCUGUCCUUGUCCAACAAUAGCUUAGAGAACUUGCCUGGGGCCCUGUCGGUGCUGCAGCAUUGCAAAAACCUCACUACACUUAUCCUUUCUAAGAAUUUCCGUGGUGAGGAAAUACCAAAAAGUGUUAUAGGCUUUGAGAGCCUAAUGGUUUUAGCUCUGGGAAAUUGUGGUCUCAAAGGCCAGGUCCCUGCUUGGCUAUUGAAUUGCAGCAAAUUAGCAGUCCUUGAUUUGUCUUGGAACCGUUUGGAAGGUAGUAUCCCUUCUUGGAUUGGUAGGAUGGACAAUUUGUUCUACCUGGAUUUCUCGAAUAAUUCUUUCGUGGGAGAAAUGCCAAAAAGUUUGACACAGUUGAAAGGUCUUGUAUCCACGAAUUGCACUAGACCAAAUCUGUCUCCAUCUGCUGGCGUUCCUCUCUAUGUUAAGAGAAACAAGAGUGCUCAUGGGCUGCAAUAUAACCAAGCUUCAAGUUUCCCUCCUUCAAUAUUAUUGAGCAAUAACAGAUUGAGUGGAAUGAUAUGGCCGGAAAUCGGGCAACUCAAAGCGCUGCAUGUCUUGGAUUUAAGCAGGAAUGAAAUCUCUGGUACUAUUCCUACCAGUAUUUCAGAGAUGGAGAACUUGGAAACAUUAGAUCUGUCAUAUAAUGAUCUCGAUGGAGUGAUCCCUCCAUCAUUUAACAACCUCACAUUCUUGUCAAAGUUCAGUGUGGCAUAUAAUCACUUGCGGGGACCAAUUCCAACAGGGGGACAGUUUCUAAGCUUUUCUAGUUCAAGUUUUGAGGGCAACCCGGGACUUUGUGGUGGAAUAGUUUCUCCAUGCAAAACCGACAAUAUGGGAUGGAGGCCCAAUAUGCCUUCUGGUUCUUCCAGCAAAUUUGGUAGAAACAAUGUUCUUGGUAUAACAAUCAGUAUAGGUGUAGGGCUAGCCCUGCUUCUUGCCAUUGUUCUGCUGAAAGUAUCAAAAAGGGAUGAAGAGAAGCCAGUUGAAAACUUUGAUGAGGAAUUGGGUGGGCCCCCCAGGUUAUCUGAAGGACUUGUUUCUUCAAAACUGGUUCUUUUUCAGAAUUCAGAUUGCAAGGAUCUCACAGUUUCAGAUUUGUUGAAAUCCACAAACAAUUUUAACCAGGCAAACAUUAUUGGUUGUGGUGGGUUUGGUCUUGUGUACAAGGCAAAUCUUCCAAAUGGCACGAAAGCUGCAGUCAAGAGACUUUCUGGGGACUGUGGUCAGAUGGAGCGUGAAUUCCAAGCUGAAGUAGAGGCCCUUUCCAGAGCUCAGCACAAGAACCUUGUUUCUCUGAAAGGUUAUUGCCGGCAUGGCAAUGUCAGAUUGUUAAUCUAUUCCUACUUGGAGAAUGGAAGUUUAGAUUACUGGCUUCAUGAGUGUGUGGAUGCUAAUUCAGCUCUGAAAUGGGAUGUGAGACUCAAGAUUGCAAAAGGUGCAGCCCAUGGAUUAGCUUAUUUGCACAAGGGAUGUGAGCCGUUCAUUGUCCAUCGAGAUGUUAAGUCUAGCAAUAUACUUCUGGAUGAUAGAUUUGAAGCUCAUUUGGCUGAUUUUGGUCUUUCAAGGCUACUUCAGCCUUAUGACACCCAUGUUACAACGGAUUUAGUGGGUACAUUAGGAUAUAUUCCGCCAGAGUAUAGUCAGACAUUAACAGCAACCUUCAGGGGUGAUGUCUAUAGCUUCGGUGUUGUUCUUCUUGAGCUUCUUACCGGUAGAAGGCCAGUAGAAGUCAUCAAGGGUAAAAACUGCAGGAACCUGGUAUCUUGGGUGUUUCAAAUGAAAUCUGAAAACAAGGAGCAAGAAAUUUUCGACCCAGCCAUUUUGGACAAGGAUCAUGAGAAGCAGCUCUUGGAGGUACUGGCCAUUGCUUGUAGAUGUUUGGACCAGGAACCAAGACAAAGACCCUGUAUCGAAGAAGUUGUUUCGACGCUUGAUCGUGUUGGGGUGGAUGGUUUACAGCAAUGAUUAUCAGUUCCUGCAUAAAUGACAGCUAGCUAUCUGGAUUUUGGUUGUUCUUUGAGUGCCAACAUACAUGUAUAGCAAGUUUGUUGUAUGGGGGUGGAACGUUCUUUGUUUAUGCUUUCUUGGUCCUUUGUUACACAACACUGAUACUUGUACCCUGUAAAAAAGAAAAAGGCUAAUUUUGGCCACUAGACGUUCCUGCAAUAAGAAUCAUAGAAGAUCUGCACUUUCUUCCCAUUAGCUGUUCUUUUGCAUUUGUAUGUGCUUGCAACAGAUAGUGAAUAUGACAAAAAAUGUUCUUUCCUA